AUGGCUUCAGGCCACACCACCCUGAACCUGGAAGAUGAACUAAACUGUCCCCUUUGCCUCCAGCUCUACGCAGAUCCGGUCAUACUGGACUGCGGGCACGACUUCUGCCGGCACUGUAUUACGAAAUACUGGGAGAAGGAGAAUCGAACUGCCUGCCCCGAGUGCGGCCAGGUCUUCCCGGACAGAAGCCUGAAGGCGAAUCGCGCGCUGGGAAAACUGGUUAAAAAGAGCCGGAAUCAUUCCCUGAAUCUCAAACUCAAGGACAACAAACCGUAUUGCAUCGAACACGAGGAGGAGCUGAAAUUGUUUUGUGAAACGGACAAGAAGCUGAUCUGUGUGAUGUGUCUGGACAGGAGAGACGGAAGAAGCCAUAAAACCCACAACUUCAUGUUGAUCAACGAAGCGGUGGAGAUUUACAAGGAUCAGUCGAAUAAGCUGCAGAACCACAUCACGACGGAGUUUUCCAAAAUGCGCAGCGUGCUGGACGAAAAGCAGCAGAAUCUGUUCUCGGACCUGACGACGCAGGAAAACGACGUUCUGUCAAGAAUGGAGAGCAACCUUCGCAAGAUUCAGGAGAACCUAAAUCGCACGCAGCAAAUGCUCUUGAACGUGCAGAAGCGGUUAGAUUACCAGGAUGUCUACGCCAUGCUGAAGGACCCUCCACUCGACGAGAAGAGCACUGAAGACGACUACCAACCUACGAUAGCAGAGGGCAACCUACCAAUCGGAAUUUUCCAAGGACCAGUCCAGUAUAGAGUGUGGAAACAAGUAAUAGACGUAAUAAAUCCUGUUCCAACCUAUCUGACCCUGAACGCGAACACAGCUCAUCCCCGGUUAGUUCUGUCCGAGGAUCUGACCGUGGUCACCUACGGAGACGUGAAACAAGAGGUCAGGGACAGCCCCGAGAGGUUCGACACCUGCGUCUGUGUCCUGGGCUCCGAAGCGUUCACCUCCGGCAAGCACUACUGGGAGGUGCAGGUGGGAUCCAAGACUGAGUGGGACCUGGGUGUGGUCAGGGAGUCCAUAAACAGGAAGGGGCACACCACGGCGACGCCGGAAUCCGGCUACUGGAUCGUGUGGCUGAGAAAUGGGAACGAGUACAAGGCAACCACUGUUCCGCGGACCCGCUUGAACGUACCGAGAAAACCCCGAGCGAUUGGGGUGUACCUGGACUAUGAGGGCGGACAAGUGUCUUUUUACAACGUGGACAAUAUGUCCCAUCUUUACACUUUCAUUGACACUUUCACCGGCAAACUCUUCCCUUACUUCAGUCCAGGCAUUAAUGAUGACGGAGAGAACUCUGAACCACUCAAAAUCCUUCCAAUCAGAUGUCACGAGGAAUAA